AUGCCUCGCCAUAAUAUUAUCAAUGCUGGAACGACCGAAUGGGAAAACAAUGCGCAUUUGGCUGAUGAUGCAUCGCAUCAGAAAUUUGCUGUAUCCAAGGACGAUCCAGCGUCAAAGGAGAGCGAGGAUUUAUUGAAAGAAGGCGACAAAAUAUUGUCCGUGAACGGAGUGCCCUGUCGUUGGCAUACGUUGGACCAGUUCCAGUACCUGAUUUUCAGCUCCUCCGGGCCGAUCAUUCUUGAAAUUCUCAGGGGCCCGACAUCAAAAACCAGUGACGGAGUGACGAACCAGAUGGCGAUGUUGUGA